AUGAAAAAAUUAAUUUAAUCUUUAAAUAAGAUUGUUUCAAAAAUAAAAUCUAAAUCAUACUUAAAUUUAGAAUUUUAUUAUGUUUUAGUUAUUAUAUAAAACAAUAUUAAGUACUCUUGCUAAUUUCAUACCAAUAAGAACUACAUUAGACUGAAGUUUAAAGAUUCUAAUCCAUAUUUAAGGAAUUAUUUCUUUUACAUUAACUAAUUUAGUGUCUUAACAAUUAAUACUUGGGUAUUUUUCUAAAACCUGAGAUUGCUUGCAUUCUCAAAAGAUAUUUAGUUAUCCUUUGGUAUUUUUUGGCUCAAUCAUUUAUAAGAAAUUAAUUGUUCUUAUCUCAAUAAAAUAGUUUAACUCUGCAGUUUUAGGCAGAAUUAGAAUUUUUUAGAGUAUUUGAAUUUUAAUCAGAAUUUUUUGAAGGUUAAAGUUUUGGAUCUUAUCUUACCUGAAUUUUUAAGAAUUAAUCACUUAUGCACAAAAAUUUAAAGUCUAAAUGUGUUUCAUCUAAUUAUAAUUGAAGUCAAUUGUUAUUAUUUUUAUUUAAUCAUUAAAUUGGUAGUUUAAAUACAGCACAUACAUAAAAAAGCUUAUUUAUAAAAAAUAAACUCCCAAGAAUCAAUUAAUUCCAUUUUUGUAAGUAUUAAAUCGAGUAUUUAUUAUUAUUCAUAAACAAAAGAAAAUUUGAUUUCAUUUAUAAGUUAAAUGAUAAUCCCCAAAAUUCUUUAUUAGUAUUUCUGGUUAUUCAAUUAAGAAAAUGAAGUUGGAUUUUGUUUCGAAAAUCUAAAACAGCAUUAUGCUGUGAUCUUUUCCCUUAUUUAACUAAUUCAUAUAUCUUUGGAUUUUCGACUUACAAAGUUUAGGUGGUUGAAUCUGACACAAUUUUCAUAUGCACAUUUUGAAUAAGUUUCAUUAUCUCUUAUUGUUGUAGAAAUAAGUUGUAUUUUUGUAAUGUUUUAUGGAUAAAGCUGUUUUUUUUGA